CGGAAGCGAAAGGGAAGCGGAGUAAAGCUCCGGAACAAAAGCAGCUAUGAAUAUCCUUCCGAAGAAAUCGUGGCACGUCAGAAACAAGGACAACGUAGCCCGGGUGCGGCGGGACGAAGCGGAGGCCGAAGCCGAGCGGCAAAGCCGGGAAGCCCGAGUCCUGCUUGCGGAACAGGAGGCCCGGACUGAAUACUUGCGUAAGAAAGCACGUCUGUCAGCCCCAGGAAGCAACAGCAGUACCUCGGACCUCCUGCCUUAUGACUCAGAAGGGCCUUCGCGACACAUCAACCUUUUCCAUGAGUUGCAAGAGGGCGGAAACAAAGAACAUGAGGAAGAGAAGAGGCAAGAGAAGGAGCGGCGGGAAAAGGCUUUGGGGAUCCUCACGUACUUGGGGCAAAGCUCAGCGGAGGCCCAAACUAGUCAGCCUUGGUACCAGGAGCCCCUGGAACGCAGCGAGGCUCUUGCCAAGGACAUGAAACUGAAAGGGAAGCUGGAUCCCCUGCUCGAGAUGGAAAAGCAUCUGCGAAAAAAGAAGAGCUCCCAGAAGGAAGGAAAGAAAGGGAAAGGGGAGCAGACGCAAAAGGAAAGCAGAGGGAACUUGGCAGUAGGGCCAUCAUCAUCCUCUCUAGAAAAGCUGCGGCAGGAACGGCUGCGGCGUGAGCAGGCAGAACGAACCCGGGCAGAGGCUCUUCUGGCCCAGAGAGCAGGAAAGCCCCUUCCUGGGGAGGCAGAGGAGGAAGUGGACGAAAGGAAACGCGGCUACAACUCCCAGUUCCACCCGCAGCUGGCACGGAAGAGGGUCUGGGAGCCACAGUGA